GCAUGGUUAAAGCCAAUACUAUAUAUAGUGUGCUUUAGGGCUCCCCCUCUUGGCACAGAUGUUGGGUCCCUUUUUCUUGGGCCCCAGGAAUCAGCGCCCCAGGAAGGUGUGUGGCGAACACCAUGUGUAUCCCUCUGUUGCCCUGUUUUGGGGACUCCUUAAAGAAGCCCUGACUCGAAGAGCUGAGCUCCCUCUUUUACUUCUUCUUUCCAUGCCAUGAGGGGAUACUUGCUAUGCUGCACCCUGACUCAGAGUCUCCUCACAAUUCUCCUGGGAACUUUGAUGGAAGUCCUUGCGGAGAAGGGUCUAAGAAUCAUCUUCUGGUUGGAAAGAAUCUUGUUACCCCUGAGCACUAGGGGCCAGGCAGAGAGCCAACACCCUCCUCCCCCAGGACAGGCGGGGGCCUGGGCAGAGCACAGUGUCCUGAGAGAGAGGCUCCCUGCCCCCACUCUCCAGUGGCACACAAUGGCUGCUUUCUCCCCCAUGACCUUUUCGAAGUCUGAGCUGUAUACAGCUGUCUCUUCUCCCUCUCCCAAGGGGUCUGGGAUGGGUGGCAUCUCCUCUGCUCUUGAAAAGGACUGCAGGGGCUCCCACCCUGAUCCGACCUCCCUUUCUUAUUUCCAAAGUUCACUUCUCCCCAGGGAGUAGAGAGUGGCUCCCAGAGCCCUUGCCCACUGGGAGCUGCCCGCUUCAUAGCAGAGGCAGAGGGACAACAGAGUUAUGGACAUGGCAUAGUCUCUGGUAUCUAAGUGCCUGGGUCCACACCCCAGUGUUCUCACUCAUUAGCUGUGUGACCUUGAGCAAGUGCUCUAACCUUUCUUGAGCCACUGUCUCCUUGUUGGUAAAGCAGAGAUAGAGCAUUCCUUACCUUGCCUGACAAUUAUAAGAGGCAUCAUACAUAGAACACCCAGUUGUACACAGUGGGUGCUCAAUCAGUGUUAGCUCCUUUGCUCUCUCCAGCCCCCUUAAGAGGGGCUCCAGCUCUUUCCAUCAGUGAUGGUGACAGAAGGCUUAGGCAUGAAAAUGCCUCUUGCCUGCCAGGACAAGGGCAGAGUCAGGAACCCGUGGAGGGGUGUGGUGGGCCAGGCGGGUGGGCUGGUGGCACCCGCCUAGGGAUAUGGUAUGUAAGCAUCAGGGUUGCAUCCCCUAGGGAAUUCCUGCCUCCCUGGGGGGAGGGCUAGGGGAGCAGUCUUGUUCCCUGGGGAAAGGCUGUGGGACUGGUAAUGGUGGCUGUAGGAUAGGAAACUGACCACUGAGUAGGCCCUGGGGACCACACCUUCUCAGAGGGGAAAAGAUAUGUAGGAAAGGACUUGGCUCAGUCGGUCACCAGCUUUGAGCCUUUGGGGAAAUCCCUCCCACGGCCUUAGCUCAGCUUCCUCAUCAGUAACCUGUGCCUACUGGGUGAGUGAAUGUGUGUGGAAUACUAAGUGCAGUGCUGGCCCAGAGCGGGUGCUCAGAGGGUCUCGCCUGAGUCUGGCUAUGGCUCAUCCUUGCUCCCAACCCUGCAGACCCUGGCUGGGCCUCCAUCAGCAGGGGUGUGCUGGUGUGUGACGAGUGCUGCAGCGUGCACCGGAGCUUGGGACGCCACAUCUCCAUUGUCAAGCACCUUCGACACAGCGCCUGGCCUCCCACACUGUUGCAGAUGGUGCACACACUCGCCAGCAAUGGAGCCAACUCCAUCUGGGAGCAUUCCCUGCUGGACCCCGCGCAAGUGCAGAGCGGCCGGCGCAAAGCCAACCCUCAAGACAAAGUCCACCCCAUCAAGUCGGAGUUCAUCAGAGCCAAGUACCAGAUGCUGGCAUUUGUGCACAAGCUUCCCUGCCGAGAUGACGAUGGGGUCACUGCCAAAGACCUCAGCAAGCAACUGCACUCGAGCGUGCGGACGGGCAACUUGGAGACAUGUCUGCGCCUGCUGUCACUGGGUGCCCAGGCCAACUUCUUCCACCCAGAGAAGGGCACCACGCCUCUGCAUGUGGCUGCCAAGGCGGGGCAGACACUGCAGGCUGAGCUUCUUGUAGUGUAUGGGGCUGACCCUGGCUCCCCUGACGUUAAUGGCCGCACACCCAUCGACUAUGCCAGGCAGGCGGGGCACCAUGAGCUGGCUGAAAGGCUAGUCGAGUGCCAGUAUGAGCUCACUGACCGGUUGGCCUUCUAUCUCUGUGGACGAAAGCCUGAUCACAAGAAUGGGCAUUACAUCAUCCCACAGAUGGCUGACAGAUCUCGGCAGAAGUGCAUGUCUCAGAGCCUGGACCUGUCCGAGUUGGCCAAAGCAGCCAAGAAGAAGCUGCAGGCGCUCAGCAACCGGCUUUUUGAGGAACUUGCCAUGGAUGUGUAUGACGAGGUGGAUCGAAGGGAAAAUGACGCAGUGUGGCUGGCUACCCAAAACCACAGCACCCUGGUGACGGAGCGCAGUGCUGUGCCUUUCCUGCCUGUUAACCCUGAAUACUCAGCCACACGGAAUCAGGGGCGACAGAAGUUGGCCCGCUUUAAUGCCCGAGAGUUUGCCACCUUGAUCAUCGACAUUCUCAGCGAGGCCAAACGGAGACAGCAGGGCAAGAGCCUGAGCAGCCCCACAGACAAUCUCGAGCUGUCUGCACGGAGCCAGAGUGACCUUGACGACCAGCACGACUACGACAGUGUGGCCUCAGACGAGGACACGGACCAGGAGCCCCUGCGCAGUGCCGGCGCCACGCGGAACAAUCGUGCCCGGAGCAUGGACUCUUCGGACCUGUCCGAUGGGGCCGUGACGCUGCAGGAGUACCUGGAGCUCAAGAAGGCCCUGGCUACCUCCGAGGCAAAGGUGCAGCAGCUCAUGAAGGUCAAUAGUAGCUUGAGUGACGAGCUCCGGAGGCUGCAGAGGGAGAUCCACAAGCUGCAGGCGGAGAAUUUGCAUAUCCGGCAGCCACCAGGGCCAGUGCCCACACCCCCACUCCCCAGCGAACGGGCAGAACAUGCGUCCAUAGGGCCUGGUGGGAGUGCCCACCGCAGGGACCGCCAGGCCUUCUCCAUGUAUGAACCGGGCUCUGCCCUGAAGCCCUUUGGGGGUCCACCUGGAGAUGAGCUUGCCACUCGGCUACAGCCUUUCCACAGCACUGAACUAGAGGAUGACGCCAUCUAUUCAAUGCACGUUCCUGCUGGCCUUUACCGGAUCCGGAAGGGGGUGUCGGCCUCAGCUGUGCCCUUCACUCCCUCCUCCCCACUGCUGUCGUGCUCCCAGGAUGGAAGCCGCCACACGAGCAAGCUUUCUCGCCACGGCAGCGGUGCUGACAGUGACUAUGAGAACACGCAAAGUGGGGAUCCACUGCUUGGACUGGAAGGGAAGAGGUUUCUAGAGCUGGGCAAGGAGGAGGACUUCCAUCCUGAGUUGGAAAGCCUCGAUGGAGACCUGGACCCUGGGCUUCCCAGCACAGAGGACGUCAUCCUGAAGACGGAACAGGUCACCAAAAACAUUCAGGAAUUGUUGCGAGCUGCCCAGGAAUUCAAACAUGACAGCUUUGUGCCCUGCUCAGAGAAGAUUCAUCUGGCUGUGACCGAGAUGGCCUCUCUUUUCCCAAAGAGGCCAGCCCUGGAGCCUGUGCGCAGCUCUCUGAGGCUGCUCAACGCCAGCGCCUACCGGCUGCAGAGUGAAUGUCGGAAGACAGUGCCUCCAGAGCCUGGUGCCCCCGUGGACUUCCAGCUGCUAACUCAGCAGGUGAUCCAGUGCGCCUAUGACAUCGCCAAGGCUGCCAAGCAGCUGGUCACCAUCACUACCCGAGAGAAGAAGCAGUGACCACUCUCCCUGCACCCUCACCUACACCCUGGGACCUCACUGGCCAAGGGAGCUGGGCCACUCCAGACACUAAUCCCCACCCCAACAGAGCCGCUGGCGCAAGUGCCCUUAGUGCUGUCCUCUCCCCUGGCAGCCAGGCGCCCUGGUGCCCGCCCCCCUCAAGCCCCCAAGGAUGGGGAGGUGGGGUGACAGGAGCUUCUGUCCCCUACAUUCCAUGUACCUCCCCCCUGUACAUAGCAUCCCCUCCCUUUCUAGUGUGCAGGGACCUGUAAGGCAUCACUUCCAGCCCCUUGCCCUCUGGGGCACCCUUAGCAGAGGGUCAGGUGGGGACACUCUGAGUGGGGCAGUUCCCCCUACAUACACCCACCCCCAUGAGCCAGUUCAGCCCUAUUGGGGGCUGAGUGGGGCAUCCCCCCUUCUUUGUACAUAAUCUCUGUGGAUGUCCUCACCCUGUAGCCACCAGCCCCCAUGCUGCUCUCCUUUAAUGCCAAACGGCCCCUGCCUAGGGCACAGGCUCCAACCUGUGUUCCCGGGGUCCCCAGCAGCAAACACUGGAAAAUCUUUUUUUUUUUUUUCUCUCUCCUCUAUUCCACCCCUUAAUUUUAACAUUGUGGUAACUGAGUGUCCCUGCGUGCCUGUGUGUGAGUGUGUGGGACGGCAGUGCCGUUCCGGAGGCCUGGCCCAUCUGGAGUUUUGUGAGGGGUGAGGGAACCAGAGCAGUAGGACCAGCGUUGGGGGGUCAGUCUCCCCUCCCCCAUUCUGGGGCCAGGGACUUGCAGGGUAACCUGCUGGGGUCCUGCCCACUGUCUCCCCUCAUCACUCCCACCACUCAUGCCCCUUCUCUAUGAACGUAAAACCACUUCCUUCCAUCUCUCCGCCCCCUCCCUGUGGAGGGCACUGUGUGCUGGCUGGGGCAGAGUACUGAGCUCCUGAGCCUGGGGCUGGCUCCCCGGGGGUCCCUGACUUGGCUGAGAGGCCCCUCCCUAUAACUUCUGAGAGGCCAGCACCUGUGCCUGCAGUAUCUGGGUACCUGGAACCCAGGCUGCAGCCUGGGAAGGCUGGAGAGGCAGAUGGUAGCACCCACCAGCUCUUCUCAUUGUCCUGCCUCUGUCCCAGGGGACCAGGCUCUACCUGUGUGGUGGUGGGUGGGCUGUCAAGAUGUGUGUCAUGUACAUUUGUAUCAAAAAUAAAUAAGUGACCAUGUGCUGUU